GGCCGUAUCAUUCCUUUAGCGUAAAGCUGCGCGAUGUGAAAAUAGUUCCUGUCGGACGAUCGAAGUAUCUGAGUUAAGGACGGUGAUAGGAAAGGAAAGAAAACUUGAACACGGGAUGUAUGGCGCUAAGCUUUAGUCGUAUGUGUCAGAAAGAGAGAGAGAGAGAGAAAGAGAGAGAGAGAGAUAGGAACAGAGAGGGAGAGAGAGAAAGAGAAAGAGAAGGAAAGAAAAUAAGAAUAGGAGGGACGAGUCAGCUUCGGAUUGGUCCGAAGUAAGGGUCCUCGAUAUCAGGGUAGCGCGAAGCGCGCGAAUCGCCCCGAGCGCGGGCCAUCGAACUUCUUGAGAGAGAAGGGAGUCUGUACAUGUAUGUAUACGUGUGUACGAGAGAAAAAGAGAUAGAGAUAGAAAGAGAGAGAUAGACUAGAUUUUCGAAGGGUGACGUAAUCGUCCCGUCGAGUCUCACGCACGCUCGUCAAUGCGUCGCCUCGUCGCUUUGAGUUGGUGCGGCUUUCGUACGGGAAGGUGUGCCGUUUUCGAUACACAAUUUCGUGUCCUUGACAUAUCGCGAGGCCAAGUGUAAAAGAGUUUUCUUCGUGCGGUCGCAGCAUGUUUCUGGCGGUGUGCUUUGGUAAAACGGUACUACGCGGUGCGACAUGUCGGAAUGAGAGAGCAAAGCAUUACGUACAUUCGACGGUGCGUUCACGGUGAGCAAACUGUGUAUCGUUAACUACGAUAGCGUGUUAUUACCGGUGUGUUACUUUUUCGAUAUAUUUGUGGGUGUUAGAAAAAAAUUUCCAAAAUUAUUUUACGUCUUUAAUGAGCGUCGAUUGAAAUAAUCAUACAUCGUGAAUUAAAUUCGAUAAAAGACGUUAAUCGAAGGCGAAUAGAAACGAGGUGUGGCAAGAAGAAAGAAAGAAAGAAAGAAAGAAAGAAAGAAAGAAAAGAAAAGUCAAGACACAGUGCGGUAGGAUAGAACAGGAGUGAUAAAAAAGUGAAACAGUUUGAAGGAGGGAGAAAGUACAAUAGUCGAGAAAGCCGGCGAGAAGACAUCCGAGAUAGAGGGCGCUCAACGGGCCCGGCGUCUACGGACGGCCCUGAAACCGGCGGCGGCGGAGUGAUUCGCGACGCGUCGUGGGGGCCCUCAGCUGUUUCCCGCCAAAGAUCGCCAUUACAAAACGCGUUCGGCCGUUGUGUGUGAGAGGAUCGCGCGCGCCGUAGUGACUGGUUCAAUGGUGGAAUAUCUCAGUGCAUUGCCACUACAGUCGUGACGAGCCCGCUCGUUUUAUCAUCGACGUCUCAAUUUCGUCCUCAUUGUGUCGGUUUGAGUUCGUCGAGAAAUCUUGUAAAAUAAGGUGAGAGAAAUAGAGAGAGAGAGAGAGAGAGAGAGAGCGAGAGAGAAAGGGGGUAAAGAAAGAGACAAAAAAAGACAGAAAGAGAGAGAGAGAGUUCUCGUCUGUCGCGUGUCACGCGUAGACAUAAGCACGUAACAAUUCGCCGUCGUGUCAAGGAGAGCGUGCGCGCGCGCGCGCGUUCUCUCUUUCCGGGCCGUAGUGGAGUGUGUCGUCGUGCGAGAGGUGGAAGAAGAAGAAGAAGAAGAAAAGGAGGAGGAGGAGGAGGAAGAGGAGGCGGCGGCGGCGGUAGCGGUGGAGGAGGAGGAGGAGGCGGAAGCGACGUUUUCUCGCGUCUACCGCGACAACGGCGGCUGCUGCUGGGAGCUGGUGGAGUCGCGGGCCGGGAUUCUCGGUGCGCUGCAAGAUAUGUCAGUGUUCACUGCCGACGAUCGGAUUUUGCUCGAGGAAAUCGUCGAGGCGAGCACCGAGGAACACGAGGCUGAACUCUGCGGUAGUAUCGAGAAAGUGGAGGAGAGCUCGGUGACGAGCGUGGCGGCCGUUGAGGCCGCGGAUACUCAACAACAACAACAACAACAACAACAACAACAACAAUCAAAGAGUAACACAGUAACAGCUCGUCGUGUAGGUGGCCAAAACGUUGCUUCUGGUAAUACCGGUGCUGGCGGUGGUAAUAACGUUGGACGUGUCACACCGCGUAGCCACAUGGAGCAGGAAAAGCGGAUGCGGCGAGAAAUCGCCAACAGCAACGAGCGACGUCGUAUGCAGAGUAUCAACGCCGGUUUCCAAUCUCUUAGGACGUUGCUACCACAUCAUGAGGGCGAGAAACUUUCCAAGGCUGCGAUACUUCAACAGACUGCCGAAUACAUUUAUCAGUUAGAACAAGAGAAAACACAGUUGUUGUCGCAGAACUGUCAAUUGAAGCGACUUGUGAAUCAACACGAAGGUGGUGAUUUACCUAUCAAAAAACGCAAGCCUGAUAAUCAAGGCGUUGUUGUAAGUUUGCCGGUGCAUGUAAGCGAGAGUGGCGACGAAGGAUUAGGCAGUAUGUCCCCGGAGCCUCUUUCUGUAAUUACGGUGACAACAGAGAGCCAUUCCGUGGUAAGCAGCGAGGUCGUGGAGCUUAGACGACAGUUGGAGAGAGAACGUCACGCAAGACUGCAUUUGGAAAAGCAGAUGAGAGCCAUUCAGAGUCAGCUGUAUCCGGAAAGAUUCCGGGAUAAUCAGCUGAUUGCGUAUCAGCCUCACGAGGUAAUUGAACAUACGGACAAUGUUAUGAAUCAAGAAACUGAAGAAGCAGUUGCCGCGUUACAAGUGGUAUCGGUUAUGUCAAUACCUGCGGUAGGCUCGACUCAAACAGUGGAAACUUCGAGUCCUGAGCCAAGUUCACCACCGUUAUCUCCUCAGCCCGGUGAUUUGGUAUCAGCUGAGGAUUUGAAGGAAGAGGAAUCCAGACCGAGUAGCCCGAAAAUCGUAGCUUUUGCUCAGAAUACUGUUUUCGCGAGUCUCGAGGAGCAAACUACUGCUGAUUCCUUUUCUUCAUCGAGUCGCGUCACUUAUGGCUCAUCGAAUACUGAUUUUAAAAAUUCUUCGCCACAAUAUAUCACGACCAGUCCUAGCAGACCUUUCUCACCACCCGCUGAACCACAACGAUUGCCCAGUGUUCUUGAGGCUGCAAUGAAGGCAGAACCCAAGGUUGAAGUUGAAAGAUUACCAUCACCGUCGAAUUCAUUGGACGAUGGCACGCCACAAGCGAGGCUCUAUCUCGCGAAUACAUCCAGACAGAAUCUGGAAACGAUCGUCGAGGCAAUCCGCCAUCUUGAAGGUGAUCAUCUUUUUAGCGACGAGCCAUUGGCAUUGACGAACGAGCCAUUGGCAUUGACUAACAAGUCUACCAUGAAAAAUCCAUCGAACGUCAAGUGUUCGUCUACGAGCACGAAUUCGACCUCGAAUUCACAAUCAACGGGCACCGAACAAACGUCGACGAUACCGUCGACCAAUCAGAGUUCGUCUAAUUCGACGACAGCAUCUUCGACGUCGUCGACGACGACGACGACGACGAAGCAACAGCAACAACAACAGCAACAACAACAACAGCAGCAGCAGCAACAACAACAACAACAACAGCAACAGCAACGGCUUCUUCAUGCUACCGACGUGAAUAACUUCCUUCAGUUUCAAGUCCAACAACAGGCUCAACAACGGCCUGGCGUUAUAGUCGUGAAACAUUCGUGAUCCACCCUACUCGCGCGUUCCACCGUGCACUGAACGAAACUGAUACACGUUCCAUCAUCAUCCCUCAUUAAUCGGGAUGAAUUUAUUAUCCUUCGAACGCGACGCGAGUCUAUCCUCGAAGAGGAACCUGCUUCCUUUUCUUCCUCACGUUUUAAUAAGGAUACGUGCUUUGUCACGAUUGAACUUUAUAAUUAUUAUUAUUAAUUAUCAUUAUUAUUAAUAUUAUUUUUAUCAUCAUCAUCAUCAUCAUCAUCAGCAUCAUCAUCAUCAUUAUCAUUAUCAUCAUCGUCGUCGUCGUCGUCGUCGUCGUC